AGCCUCCAGCCUCAUGUUUUUCGCUCAUGUCUUUACUUGCAGCUCAUCCCCUUAUAUUAGCAAAUUCACACUUAUUUCUCUCUGCCUCCAUUUCCAAAUAUAUCUAGCUAGCCUAGAAAAUUUCCUAAAAUGAAGAGCAAGGCAGCAGCCGGGUUCCUGAAAUACGUACUGACAGUGCUAAGCACAAUGGCGAAGACUAAAACUCGUGCUCUUAAAAGCAAAACAAGAGCCCUCAAGACUCGCUUGGUCAUUUUCUCCCUGCUUCAUAGCCAGAAGAUUCUGAUGACCUCCAUAUCUCAGAAGUUUAAUGCUCUAAUGGGGCAGAAGAAUGACAAAAGUAGUCAUCACGAUCAGGAAGAUGAUCAUGAUGAUGAUGCUGUUGUUGACAAAGGCAAGUCUAUUGUGCUCUAUAAUUGCAAUACCAAUAAUACCAUGCCUUUGCUGCCGCCGCAGCUGCUGGUGGUAGAUGAUGAAGAACAGGAGGCAGAGAGGUUUUCGGGCCUAACUCACUCCAAGUUUGAUCAUGAGUCAAAUGCAGGGGGAUCACAUAAUGAAAAAGAAGAAUUCGAGGAUGCGGCUGGAGGAUCUGUCAUCGAUUUGGUUAAGCUCUCAAAGGAAGAUAAAGGUGAAGAGUUCAGGCUAGAAGACGACAUAGACAGAGUUGCGGACCUGUUCAUAGAGAGGUUCCAUCGUCAGAUGUGGAUGCAGAAACAGCUAUCCUUAAAGAGACAUCAGGGCACUGGAGGAGAAGAGCAUCUAUUAAACAUUAAUUAGACAUCUAGGCUAGCGCUGCAUCCAUCAUAAUUCACAUAUAUCCUCUUAAUUACGUACUCUAUUUACUUUUCUUAUUAAGUAAUUCCCUUCCAAAGCUUUUUAAUUAAUUUAUUGCUGUAGU